AUGCAGCGCAUCCGCCUCUGUUCACCGCCGGUUCUUACUACCACAGAGCGCAUUGAUGCGUGGCUGCGCAACUCUGCAAAUACCGAAAGCGACGCUGAAGCCGCCUUGCCGAACCCGCGCCCGUCCAAGCGCCGCCGACACAGCGACUUAUGCCCAUACCCCAUGGAGCAAUUACGUUCACAGAGCCCCUCCAAACGGCCCCGCGUCGAAUGCGAUGAGCCUAUUACGCCCACCCAAAGCGCGUCGGUGGUGGGCAGCGUGACGAGCCUUACGGAGAAGACGACGCUCAGCAUGCGCAGCAACGCCUCGCGAUCAUCUUCCCCGCAGCGCCAAAUCACCCAGCUACGAACAGCACACCCGCCCAUAUCCUUCCACCCGCUGGCCGCAGCGGGCGAAUGCGUCCCUACGGCUGUUGCGCCGCGUAUUCGGACACUGCAGACUCGUCUCCGGCACCGACUGGAGAGGGAAUACAUUCCGGCUUGUCUGAGGGAUGCGCUAGAGCGGGAUCCAACGUACAAGGCGUCGCUGCUGUUCGAUCCAAUUGAGGACGCAGCGUAUUAUGACGAGGAAGAAGAAGCAGAUGUUUCCCUAGUGCUAGAUCGCGUCAAAGCGGUGUUUCAGGGGACCUAUUUGUGCAAGGAGCACACUAUGGAUGAAAAUGCGUGGUGCUUGCAUGUUGUGACCCCGCUGCUCCAACUAGCUAUCAUCUUGUACGGUCGUGGGCGGUUCCGGCAGGAGAGCGUACAAUCGCAAUCUAUCCAGCCUGCCUACCUCUCCACCCCCACCCCGACCGCCCCCAUCCGCUCCAAGCCCAGCCCCGUCUUCCGCAAAACCGACUUCUGCCUCUCC